UUUUUCAGUGCUACCAAACGAAUUUGUGGAUGAAACUGCUUAUGAAAUUUGAAAAACGAUUAAAUAAACUGGUCGAAUGAUUUAUGAAUAACGGAUUCUUCUAUGGUGAAAACUCAAAGUGAUUUCUAAUUAGGAGUUAUAAUAAGUGAAAAAUUUGUAUAAAAUAAUAUAAGUUAUAAAUUGGAAAAGUUAAUUUUAGUGAACAUUGCAUCAUUUUAAAGAAUAUCCUAUAAUCAUGAAAGGCAAUAAGAAAAAUUAUGAUAAGAAAAAAAACAUGCUUUCUAUAAUACAUAUUACAAAGAAACAUAGUAUAAAUGAACAUAUAAUAAAAGAUAAAAAGUAUUUGAAUACGGCUAUUGCAUUAUCUGACACUACGUAUUCUAUAAAACAUGGAGAGAUACAAACAUGCAAUAGUAAUAUAAAAAGAUUGCAAAAAAGUUUAUGUAAGCCUGUAUCAGUAGUAAUUCAACGUUUAUCUCAAGAAACGUUUAAGAAAUACUUGUAUACUACAAAGAAUCAAUGUAAAUCUAAAAGAAGCAAUAAGACAAGAAGUAUUAUACGAUCCAAAUAUAAACAGAUUGAUAUUUUAUCAAGAAAAUUCAAAAAACAAACGCUACAAUUAAAUAAUGACAUUAGUAAUAUUUUUGAUACAAAUAAUAAACUUGAAAAUACUUCUUUGAAUUUCACAAAUAAUAUUUGUGUUGAUGAUGAAUCAAAUAAUGACAAAAAAAACGACGACCAAAGAAUAAACAAGAAAGAGGUUUUAAAAAAUGUGCAACCCGUUGUGGUGUUAUCAAAUCAAGUAGAUGAGAAUAAAUUAAAAAGUAUGAAAAAUGUUCAAAAAACUUCGGAACAUUUACUUUUUCCAGAAAAUAUCAUAGAUAAUAACUGUAAACAAAACAGUUAUGCACAUGAUGAUACAAAAUCUGUUUAUUCUUUGCUAAAGAUGAAUGAUGAACUGCCUCCUAUAAAAGAAGCAGAUAAAAAUGAAAAAUAUUUAGGCAAAUGGAAAUAUAAAAGAAAAUAUAUGUCUCAUGAAGAAUCGAAUGAUAUAUUGAAUUCUGUAAAAAAUCGAAAAAAAAGAAAGAAAAAGAUCAAAUUACAUCAUAAAGAUCUUGAACAAACUAUAGUCUUAAAUAAUUUUAAAUCAAUUGAUAAUGAAGUUACAAUAAAUAACUUAAACAUUAUUGAUUCAAAAGUAAUGUUAACUAAAUUAGAAAAUGUGUAUGAUAAUAAAUAUAUUAUAAACUGGAAAAAGAAAUGUCCACAACAAUUUCUUUUGUAUCAAAAUUCACAGUUUAUUGAACAGCAGAAAGAUUCUCCUAUAAAUAUAUUACCUACAAAGACUAUAGAUAAUUCUCACAAAGAUGUUACAAAAGAUAGUGAAAGUAAUAUGAAUACAGAAAUUGGAUUAAAUUCAUGUAUUUUACCAUUAAAGUAUAAACAGCCUAAAAAUUUGAAAGUUCUCUUAGUGAAAUUAGAAAAAUUGGGAAUUCCUCUUAAAGAACAAAAUUUAGUUUCAAAAGUAGAACAUUCAACAGCACUGUAUAUUGAUCAUUUUAAAAUGAAUUUCUUUAAUCAUUCCAGUGAUAUACUUGCUCGUAAUGAAUGUGAAGUUAGUAGUACAAAUAAUGAAAGUAUUGAUGAAGCUUUAACACAAUUAAAUCCUUCUGAAAAAGAAAAUAAUAUAAUAAUCAAACAUCCUUUAUCCAAAUAUGUUGAAUUAAAUCCAUCAAUUAUACAAUUGGAACAUAAUUGUUCUUCUCCAAAAAGGAUAUUACAGAAUGUUAACAAUUUAGACAAAUUUUCAGAGAUAUCUUCAUGUUCAUCUGAAAAGUCUAAUGUAAACAUGAAAUAUUCAGGAAUAUGUACACCAUCAAUAAAUGAAAUAGAAGGAAUAUCUAAGUCAUCAAAAUCACCACGGAUUAUCCAGGAUGAAAUUAUUUCCCCAAAAAUGUCGCUAUUAAAAACGCCUUUACAAAGAUAUUUAGAUAGAGUUCCCUUAAAUUCUUCUCCAACAGAAGUUAAUUCAUUAACUACGUCAGAUGAAACGUUACAAAAAAAUACAAAAUUAAAGGAAACUCAGAUAUUACCAUCACUGAUUUCAAAACAGAGCGUUUUUUCAAAAAAAUGUGAUGAGACAUUAAAACUGAUAAGUGAAAUUGAUUGUGAAAAUUCAACAACUCUACAGAAUGAUGAAAAAACUCUGAUUGAUAAUGACAAACAAAAUACAUUAGAAAAAAAUACAGAUCAAGAAUUAAGUCAAAUAGAAGAUUUACCACUUUUCAUUGUUGAUGGAAGUUCUAAUAUAAAUGGUUUAACAAAUGAAUCAACAACCUCUAUUUUAAAAGAAGCUGCUACAAAGGGUAUGUUUGUAGAUAAUAUUUCAACUGAAUCAAUAAUAUUACAUGAUAUAGAAAAUAGUAUAAAAGAUAUUGGUUUAUUGAAUGAAUCUUUAAUAAAUAAGGAUUCUGAAAAGAUAAUUUCUAAUGGUGAUGUAAAAACGAAAACAGAUGUUAGUAAUAUAACAAAUGUUAGUAAUAUAACAAAUGUUAGUAAUAUAACAGAUGUUAGUAAUAUAACAGAUGUUAGUAAUAUAACAGACGUUAGUAAUACAAACUUACCAAAAAAUGUGCAAACAAAAGAAAUUAAUAUACUUCAAUCAAACAUUAUUACGUCAAAUAAUACUAUUCCUUAUGAAUGUAUUGCUUGUGAUUCAUCCUUUAUAGAAUUUAAAACACUUCAAUCACAUCUAAAGAAAUGUUUGAAAAAAAGAAAAAAUAGUGUAAAUGAUAACAAUGUGGUACUUAAAGUGUCUCAGGAUAAUGACAAUAUCCUAGAUAUAUGUAGUGAUAAAACAGAAUCAAAUUCACAGGAACUCGAUAAUAGUAGUUCAGUAUUGUCAACAUUUCCCUCGAUGAUUUCCUCGAUUUCUACUAACUCUAAAACUAAAACAAAAAAAUUUAAUCAUGAAAAUCAACAAAAGGACAAACAUUCACGUCGUAAAGUAUUCAAAUACAAUAAUAAAAAUACUCAAUGUACUGUCUGUUUAGAAGUCUUUGAUUCAAUAAUAAGUCUCUCAAAUCAUAUUUAUACCCAUACUGAAAAAGAAUUGCAAAAAGCAUAUCAAAUUGCCAAAAGCAAACAGGGAUUGAAAAAUGGAAGUGAUAGCAAUAUUACUACUGAUUCAAGUGAAAAAACACAAACAUCUACUAGCGAAUCUUCAAGUACAUUACCUGUAGAUAGUACGACGAUUGAAUCAUUGCAAUCUGAUAUGGAAAAUAAGAAAGUUGAAAAUAUAACAAACGAAAUUAUUUCAAAGGAAAAAAUGAGAUUAAAUGAAAAUCAAUCGAAAGAAGUAGAAAAUUCUUUGGAACCAUUGACAAUAGAAACUAAUAAAGAAGUAUCAAUGACAAUUUCUACAGUUCAUAAAAGAAAUUCAAUCAAAUUUUGUGCAUGCCAUAAAAAUGAAUUUGAAAACAAACCAUCUAUUGAACUAAUUUUACUUUGUAAUAUCUGUAAUAUUUUAUUCCAAACUCGGGAGUGUUUUGAAGCCCAUUUUGAAAACGAGGAGACAUAUUUAUGUAACACAAAACGAUUAACUAGUAGAGAACCAAAAUUGUAUUGCAGUAUUUGUCAAGUAAUAUUGUAUUCUUUUAUUGGUAUGCGGCAACAUAUGGAAAACCAUUUAAAAAAUUUUCAAAGUAUCAAAUUGUUUUGUCAUAUUUGUAAGAUACGUUUUAUUGGUAUGGGUCCUAUAUUUAAUCUACACUGGUUCAAUCACAUAAGAAAUGUUUGUUAUGUAGCUUCUAUUUCAAAUUUUCCUAAAAUAUCGAUAGUGGAUUCAACAAGUGAGGAAUGGUCAAUUAUUACUUCAGAUCAAUUCAAGUAUCUUAUAGUGACAGAACAUAUUUGCGAUAUUUGUAAUGCACAGUGCUUUUCGAAGAAUCAAUUAAAAAUUCAUAAGUCAUCUUGUACAGAAAAUUCAAAAUUACCUAGCAUAGUGCCUGCAAAUGAUCACAAAAAUCAAAGUAUUCACUCGAAAUUAAAUUUGCAUUUGUCUUGUAAUAUUUGCAAUCUCACAUUUUCACAAAAAUCUUUGUAUGAAGAGCAUAUUGCAACUCACAAAAAUAAUUUGCGAUCACAAUACAUUUGUUCGUCAGCAACUGAUAUAAAAAAGACAUAUUUCUGUAAUAUUUGUAAGAACGUUUACGAAAACUUAAAGGAAUUUAUGAUACAUUGGCAAAAGCAUAAUACGAUACGUAAGAGUAUCAUUCAUAAUCAAGCCAAAUCAGAUUUCUCCAGUCUGAAAUCACACUUAGAAAAUUCAAAGGAAUACAAUACAACAAUAAUAAAUAAUACUUCCUGUCAAGAGACUAAUCACAAAAUGGAUUUUACUUGUAAGAUUUGUAAUUUAAGUUUUGACUCAAGCGAAGCUUUACAUAAACAUACUUGUACUCGCAAUAAGGAGUUUCCAAAUUUGACCACAGUUCAUUCAAAUAAUGCAUGCAACGAUUCAAACGAACAAAAAAUUUCUUCGGUAUAUCCGACAGAAUUAGAGCCUAAUUUAAUAAAACCUAUGAUUAUUUCUGCUCAAUUAACGAACGAAAUAAAGACAAAUGAUAGCGUAGAUCCUGUAAACGAGAAUAUACUCGAAGUAAUUGAAAACGAAAAUUCUACGAUCAACCAGACAAUUGAUUCAUCGAAAUCAUUGACAAAUUCCAAAUCAAUAGAAUCUGUUAAAACUGAAUUUGAUGAUAUAUCUGUGAGUGACAAUCGAAGUACUAUUGAUCAAGAUUUAGAAAGUCUUUUAUCGAUCAGCGAUGUGAAAACCGACGACUCGAACAUAACCGAAAUUAAUUAUUUUGUGAGAAACAAUAAAUCAUCUACUUUUAUGAAUAAAUCAGAAGAGAAGGAAAGAACAACUGCUUGUAACGUAAAUAAUGAUUUGGAUAAGUAUGAUAAUAUAAAAGAUUCAAACAACAAAAACACAGUGAUAGUUAAAUCAACUAUUGACUUGAAAAAGAAGGAUGUUCUUGUUAACAAUCCUCCGCUAUCUGAAAACAUUAAUAUAAAUGAAACACAGGAUAAUGUUACCCCGGUAGAACUUAAAAUCUCAGAGAAAAAUCAGAAUAACUUCAAAGAAACCGUGAAAUCGACGACGAGCUUUCAAUCAAAUAAUUCUACCGAAACGAGUGAAGAGUCGGUAAAGACUAAAAAAUACUUGCGCGUAAAGAAUAUUUCAGAAUUGAUAGACCAAAAGUUAAAAUACAAUUCUUACAAUAAAAAUGGCCACGAUGAAAAUACUGAUAUUCUAGCAUCUUCAUCUGUGGCCAUGGAUUUGUCAAAUCAGAAACAAACUAAGAACUUAAACAUCGAGCCACAUCCAGUCGUAAGAGAAUUAAAUACCAAACAGAACUCUAUACCGGGCUCUUCAAAAGCUUAUAAAAUGAUUAUUAUAGAUCACUCACUUACUGAAAAACAAGCGGUUUACGUUCCUCAUUAUGAAUCAAACAGCCUGAAACAGGGCUUUGUUUGUUCAACAUCAACAGAAAAAACAAAGUGUAUACCAGCACCACAAUCAAGACAAGAAGCAACAUCACAAUCAGGACAAAAACCAACAUCAAUACUAAAACCACAAUCAGGACAAAGAGGAAUACCAAUGUCAACACAACAAUCAACACAUAGAGCAACACCAGAAUCAGGACAAAGAACAACACCAAUACCAAUAAUACCACGACCAGGACAAAGAAUAACACCAAUAUCAAUAAUGACACAAUCAAGACAAAAAGCAACAUCAAUACCAUAUUCAGCACAAACAACAACAUUAAUACCAGUACCAUAUUCAGCACAAACAGCAACAGGAAUGCCAAUAUUACGAUCAGCGUUAUCAUCAGUAACACCUUUUAGGGCUCCUUACACAUCUCAAUCACAAGUUUCUAACGUUCAAUAUGCAAGUGUCAAACCAGUUACUACAAACUCAUAUCCAAUGAAUCCAAGAAUAAUUAAAGCUGUUACGUAUGUUCCAUCGUUAAUAAUACAACCACAAAAUGUGUCUCACAAUCAAAGCACAUUAAUUGCCUCAUCGUCAUCGAUCUUGACGAAUUCUUCAGCUAAUAAUUAUAUGAAUAAUACUUAUGUGGCUCAGAGAGAUAACAUUGCAUUAUGUAAGACUACAUCUACAUCCAUGAUAUCCAAUUUACAGUUAACAAAUAAUUUUUCUAACCAAAAUAUGCGGAUGGGACAACCGCAUGAUACUCAUAGUACAGUAAAGAUGCAGAAUGCAGUUCAUAAUACGUGUAGUAAUAGAACAGCCAAAGUAAUGUCUGUCAACAUGAGAUCACGGAAUAGUAUAGAAUUAUAUACGAACAAUGAAAUCUCUAGUCUUCCAGUGUCAUCUGAUCAAAAUUAUUAUUAUAAUACUUCUAAUGUCAAGUAUUCUUCCACGAAUGUAAGAAAUUUGAAUAUGAUGCAAAUGCAAUAUUCUAAGCAAGAUAAUAAUCUGACAAAUAACGGGGUUAGUGUACAAAGACAAUCGAAUAAUCUAUUGCAAAUGUCCACUGUCUGUCAGCCAGUUGUCUCAGAUUCUCAUUCUGUGAUGUCUCUUCAACAAUCGCAUGUUCAUGAUCAACCUAGCACAAAUGUAGGAAGUUCUCAAUUUAUGCAUUCUUUAUAUACAUGCAAAUUUUGUCCAAAGCCUUUACACUUUUCAACGGUAGAAGAGCUUGAUUAUCACUUGAAUCUUUAUCAUAAAUUUUUCUGUAGUAUUUGCAACGUACGUUUGUACAGUUCAACUGAAAUAGAUAUUCAUAAGUUGAAGCACGAAUCAUUGUUGUUAUAAAGUAUGUUUCAUAGUUGAAGCUUAAACGAUAUCUUUGCAAAUGCUCGAAGCGGUGAAACAUGGUAUUGUUAUUCAAUAUGUAAUCAUUUAAGAAGAUGUUUAAUUAAUCAUUGACAUGAUUAACUUGUAAAGUAUUAUCACAAUGAAUUUAACUAAUCUUCUCCUUGAUAUAAAUUUUGUAGUAAUUGUGAUAAUAUUUUUAUUUGUAUAGUUUUUUUAUUCGUCUAGACUUUUACUUGUGUAGUGUUUUUAUUCAAUAAAUAUUAUAUAUUUAGUUUUAUUCAAAUUAUUAAAUAAUUUUAUAUAAUUUCUGACGGAAGUCUUAUUAUUUCUGAAUAAAAAUGACAUUUUCAUUCCUCUAUCUUGUAUUUAAUCUAUUGUUUAAUAAGUUCAUAUUACUUAAUAUUAUUUACUUGUUCGUUAAGGAACUUUUUAUCUUAAUUGUUUCUUAUUUUUUAUGAAUCUUUAGAAAGAUAUAUUUGUAAUCUCAAAAAU